AUGGCCAAGGGCGAGGCCGUCACGUCGAAGAACCUGCCCGAGGAUCUCGAGGCGGAUCUGGAGGAGAACGACGACGAGCCGAACAGCUCGGGCUGCGCGCGCACGCAGGGCUUCUUCCUCAUCCCGCAGGAGGAGAAGGCGCAGCACCAGCCGGACCGCAACCGCGCCAUCGUCGACACUGCCACAGCCGUGGGGCUGGCGUCGGCGCGCGACAACCGCGCCGACUCGCGGCGCUUCGUGCAGGGCAUUGAGCAGCACAAGAAGGACACGGCCAGCGACACGGACAUCCUCAAGUUCAACCAGCUGCGCACGCGCAAGAAGCAGCUCAAGUUCGCCAAGUCGCCCAUCCACGACUGGGGCCUGUACGCCAUGGAGCUCAUCCCCGCGGGCGACAUGGUCAUUGAGUACGUCGGCGAGGUGGUGCGGCAGCAGAUUGCCGACGAGCGCGAGAAGGCCUACGAGCGGCAGGGCAACUUCAGCACCUACCUCUUCCGCGUCGACGACGACCUCGUGGUCGAUGCGACGCGCAAGGGCAACAUUGCACGUCUGAUGAACCACUGCUGCACGCCCAACUGCAACGCCAAGAUCCUCACGCUCAACGGCGAGAAGCGCAUUGUCCUCUACGCACGCACGACGAUCCUGCCGGGGCACGAGCUGACGUACGACUACAAGUUCCAAGGCGGCGACCAGGCCGACGCCAUUGCCUGUCUCUGCGGCUCGCCAGGCUGCCGCCGCUAUCUGUGA